AUGGAAGAGCCACGAACGAGCUUGCUGCAAUCAAAGCAAGGGUCAAAGGAGAAGCGAAAACUUUCCCAAGAGGCUAAUGUUGCCAAGCGUGAUCGCAACGUCCUUGCCAAAGCCAAGGAGAAGGCUGAAAGCAAGGUCAAAGAGCUCAAGUCCGAAAUCGAAAUGCUACUGGAGAGUAACCAGAAGACCAAUGAAAUGAACAAAAGGCUGAGCGACAACAACAAGAAGUACUACGAAUCAGACAAAGCAUCACAAGCCAGCUUGUCCAAGGAGCGAAAGACAGUCAUGGAUCACUUAGAAAUUUCCAAGUCGAGAAUGCACGAAAUCAACAGCCUUAGGGCGGAGAAUAAGAAACUCAAAGAGCACAUGACCAAUAACGCCAAAGGUCAAGAUUUCCUCGAGUAUCUUGAAGUCAUAGAACGGAACAUUGAGGAGGACAAGACUACUAUUAGACUACUAUCAGACUACUAG